AUGGAGCUCAUCGCGUGCUACGCGACAAUGAAGGCCCUCUGGAGAAAGCCGCAGCGGCGAAAGAGUGACUACUUCUACAUGAUGUACAGUACCGCUUUGCUCAUGCUGGUCACCAUCGAUGUCUCGACAAAUGCCGUAUAUGUCGAGAACAUGUUAAUCACGUCUAGCAUGCGGUCUGGCGGAGCAGCUGCUUUCAUCGCUACGCACAGCGCGGUUUGGUACCAGACAUUGUCAUCGACGUCAGUUGUCAUACUGAUUUUCAUGAAUGAUGCACUAAUGGCGAGUCCGUUGACAUCUCGGGACAACACAAACUCACUGCCAUUCCCACAGAUUUAUCGCUGCUUCAUCUUUUGGGGCUCGAGGAUAUACAUCGUUGUUCUUCCAAUUCUGAUAUACCUCGGCGCGUUCUCGCUCGCGAUAUGUGAGCUCAUCUCGUCGGGGAUAUCCAGCGGCGACUUUUUUGCAGGAAAAUCUGUCGAUUUUGGUGUACCUUACUAUGCGAUGUCUAUCGCGCUAAACAUCAUCCUGACAAUCCUCAUCUGCGGCCGGCUCUUGUACCUCUCCAGGAGGAUCAGGAACGCGUUGGGCGAGCAGAGCGCGCGCAUCUACACGAGCGUUAUCGCCAUUUUGGUCGAAAGCGCCGCUCCGUACAGCCUAUUCGGAAUCAUGUUCGUCGUGCCGUACGCGCGGAACGCCGAGGUCGCGAUAGCGUUUGGAGAAGUAUGGGCAAAAGUUGCCGGUCUGGCUCCUCAGCUGAUCGUACUGCGGAUCGUUACUCAGCGGGCAUGGACCAAGACCACGAUCGAUAGUAUGGGCGAUACUUCAAGGACCAUGAAUCCGUUCACCACGGCCGUCACUAUGGAUGCGAUGCCCGAUGUGGAGAAAGGCGGAUCGUGUCAAUCGAUUAGCGAACCACACCCAGUUGAGAUUCCAGCGUAG